AUGGCUCCCAAACACGCAGCCCCCUUUCUUCUUCUCUUCGUCUUCUUCGCACCGGCUUUGAGCGCUCGCCACUACCCUGACACUCUCCUAGUCCCCGGCCACCACAAAGACGUCAAGUUCGGAAAUGGCGUCCCCGCCAGGCUCUACCUCCCAACGUCGCCGCCUCCGAACAAGAAGCUCCCUCUCGUUGUCUUCUUCCACGGCGGCGCGUUCAUUACCUUCAGCGCCUUCCUCCCGCCGUACGACGACUACGUCCAGUCGAUCGCCAACGCAGGCAACGUCGUCGCUCUAUCCGUUGAAUAUACGCUGGCCUUAGAGCGGCCGCUCCCCGCCGCGUACGAGGAUUCCUGGGCCGCCCUGGAGUGGGUCGCCUCCCACUCCUCCGGCAACGGCCCCGAGCCGUGGCUAAACCAGCUUGUCGACUUCGAAAAAGUCUACAUCGCCGGGGACAGCGCCGGCGGGAACAUAGCCCACAACCUGGCCAUGAAGCACGGUUUAGGCUCAUCUCUAGAAGGCCUGGAAAUCGACGGCAUGGCUUUGAUAUGUCCGUUCUUCUGGGGAAGCCAGGCGAUCGGGAAGCAGGAGCCGAGGGGGGUUAUCUCGAGAGCCCCGUUUAAUUUGGAUUGGCUCACCGCCGUAGGCUUCCACAGUGGACUCGAUGACUACAGGAUCAACCCCCUUAUCGAUCCGAAUCUUCCCAAACUGGGCGUCAAGAAGGCUCUGGUCAUCACUGCGAAUCAAGAUCCAUUGAGAGAUAGAGGGUUUUACUAUUAUCAAGCUCUGCGUUCGGAUGGGUGGAAGGGAGAUGCUCAGUACUUGGAGUACAAUGGCUGGCAUGAUUUCCAGCUCGUGACUCCAUUUUCGGAGGAUUCCCAGAACAUGCUUCAGCAACUUUCGAAAUUCUUCAACUCUGAGUAG